GACUAUAGGCCUCCUAUUGCUGCAUGUGCUAUGAAUGAGAUUUUAGCAUUGAUUUCUUUUGAAGCUCCCUCCAUCAAGCCAAUUAUGAUUGUACCAUUCAGCACAAGACCAUCAGGCUGCUUCCAUGGAAUGGUUAAUGCAACAAAAACUGGGCAGUUAACUACACUUCAUGCUGCUGAAAUAGGGGCAUCAAAUGAGUUUACUCACUUGUUGGUUGACGGAAUUAUUAAACCUCCCCCAUCUUUGCAAAUACGCAGUGAACCAAUACAAUGUUUGCUGGAAAUGGUGUGGGUAUUGAAGAUACCCUUUGUUCUUCUUGUCACAUCAGGUGGGCAACACCAAGGUAAAAGUUCUUCAGACUCUGACCUUGAGGUGCUGCAGUGCGUGGGAGAUCACCUAGCCAAGCACAUCAACUUGGAGUUCUCCAAAGAAACUGUCAUUGAGACAGGGGUUGAGAAAUCCGCAAGCAUUCGAGAACCCUGGCGCGAACUGUAUCUGUGA